AGGAUCUCCCAGAGUGACUCGCGAUGCACCGUAUCAAACGCCUUCUUGAGGUCGAUGUAGGCUGCGAGCAGCCCACGUCCGAACUCACGACGGCGCUCUACAAUGACUCGAAGCGCCAGGAUGCGGUCUAUUGUUAACUUACCAAGAGUGGAACCAGAUUGCUCCGGCCUCUGGUGCUUCAGCAGGUGGUCUCUGAUACAUCUCAGGCGACAAUGAGUUUCCUGGCAGACCGGAUGCUUUUGGCCCCACUCACGGGUGAGGAAACAUUCGGCAAAGGAGUCAUCAUUAAGGGAGAGUUCAACGACGACGUCACCGAAGAGACAUGUCUGGGUAUUAAGGAGGAACCAUUUUAUCAUGGGGAUGAAGCGAGGGAUGGAGUGAGCAACGUGGAAAGGAAGCAUGGAUACUUUAACCUUCAUAAUCUUCAUGGCAACAGACACCAAACAUAUGCAAAGGAUUCGUGUGGCUUAGUUCAGAAUAGUAAUGACUUGAUGUUAAGAGAUGCAUUUGUCGCUGAGGAUUGUGGGAACAAGUUUUCACCAGAUGGGGAUCAGGCGAUGCGCAAAGAAAGUCUUGAGGAGGAGUUAAGGCAAGAAAUAGAAGCAUUGAAACGUUUUGCAUGUGAAGUGUGUGGCAAGGCAUUCUCCACAAAAAGUAAUAUGUACUUUCACGUGAGAGUCCACACAAAGGAAAAGCCAUUCAGCUGUGAUAUUUGCAGUUAUGCCUUCUCACAGAAAGGUAACCUAGUGAGACAUAUGAAAGUUCACAAAAAGGAGAAUCCAUAUAACUGUGAGAAUUUCAACAAGGUGAUCUCUGAAAAAAGUCAUAUAUUACAAAAGGAGAAGGUAAAGUCUUUCAGCUGUGAUAUUUGCAACAAGACCUUCUCACGGAAAGCUCAUCUCGUGAGCCAUAUGAGAGUACAUACAAAGGAGAAGCCAUAUAACUGUGAUAUCUGCAAUAAGGCCUUCGCAUCCAAAAGCGAUAUAAUAAGGCAUAUCAGAAUACAUACAAAGGAGAAGCCAUACAGAUGUGAUAUUUGCAACAAGGCCUUCUCACAGAAAACUAGUCUUGUGAACCAUAUAAGGUUACAUACAAAGGAGAAGCCAUACAGCUGCGAUAUUUGCAAUGAGGCUUUCUCACGGAAAGAUAGACUAGUCAGUCAUAUGAGGGAACAUACAAAGCACAUGCUAUAAAACUGAGAAUUCUAAUUCUACCUAUUCACAAUAUAUAUAUAUAUAUAUAUAUAUAUAUAUAUGUGUGUGUGUGUGUGUGUGUGUGUGUGUGUGAGGCACACGAGAGUACAGAUAAAGAGCCAAACAAUUGUGAAGUUAAAACGUAAGCAGUGAGCGAACUGAGAGUACAUACAAAGGAGAAGCCAAAUGUUAUCGAGGUAGGGAACAAGAGACAUAUAUGAAAUAACAAAUUUCAUUUAAAGGGAAAACAAUUCCUCUUGAUACUAUCAGUGAGGAAUCUCUUUUUUAUUUAUGUUGUACAUAAUAUUGUUGACGUGUAUUUCUU